AUACGCAACACGCGAAAUUUUUGUCUUUCUAUACUCUAUUUUCCCGCCGAUUUUCUUACUAUGUUACAGUGAUGUAUUUUCGUAUUAUAUUUCUGAAAAUAGACUUUUAAAUAGUAAAAUUUUUAUAUCUGUAUAUAAUAUUUUAAUUUUGAAAUUUGUACAUAUUUAAUAUAUGCUUUUCUUUACUUUGUUAUUAUCAUAUUCAUGUAAUAAGUUAUUGUUAGGUUAUACUAAUGUGUCAUUGACAGAUUUGUCGAUCUUGUCAGUUGAUGUAAUGUUGUAAGAAAAGUUUUAUAUUUACACGUAUUUAGAGAUCAUUGACAUGAAAAUGAUGGACAAUGAUGGACAAGAUGAUUGUAUUGAGGCAAUUACUCCUAUUAAGAAAAAAAAAAUGAAACAAGCACAAUUGCCAUUUCAAAUGCAAAAUCAAGUACAGUCAUCGAAUGUUACUCAAAGUAAGAAAAGGAAAUUAACAUCACCUUCGAUCGAGAAUAAUCCUGCGAAAACAAUAAAAAUUUUGAAAAAAAGUUUGAAUACAGAUAUUGUAGGUAGUAAAUCGAAUAAUACAGAUAUUGAUACAGAAAACGAAAAUGAUAAUAUAGAAGAGAUAGAAGUUGAAAAUUUGAAAGAGAAUUCAACAUCUAAUAAAUUAAAAACUGAAAAUAAAUGUGAAACUCCAAGACAGACUUCGAGUGGACAAAAAACAUUAGAAAAACAAGAAAAAUUAAAGUCAAGUCCUUUAACAAAGUUCCUCCAAAAGACUGAUAAACAAAAAAAUAGUUCAAAGGAAGUGUCUCAGAUUUCUUUGCAAGAAGGAAAAGAUGAUUUAUUUGAAAAGACUUCUGAAAAAAGCGUGUCAGAGACAAAAAAUAAUUUAACUAAUAAAAUAGAAGAUUCACCAUCUACUGUAAAUAAUUCUCCGAAUCAGACUGAUUCUGAUAUUGCUAUUUUAUCGUCCGAUGAAGAUAAAGAUGAACAAACAAAAUCAAUUACUACAAAUACAAUAAAAGAUGUAAUAAUCUCAAAAAAUAUUAAGACUCCUAAAAUGGAAAAAAUAAAGCAAAAAAGAUUAACACCUAAACAAGAAGAAAAGAAAUUAUUAAUUGCUAAAAGGAAAGAAGAAAGGCGAAGAUCGAAAAUGGUAUUGCGGCAUUUAUAGUAUACUAUUAUAAUG